AUGAAGCCACAACGGUCGUCGUCGACGGUGAUGAAUGGAAGGUUGUUUUCAGCGCGGCGGCGGGAGUACAGUAGGGUAACGCUGCUGCGAGUUCGCGGCAGCUUCCGCCAGUCAAGUUUGACGGUACUGGAAACGACAACUUCCGAUGGGAAUGACGCAGCUUCUGCCGGUGAUGCUCCUCCGAUGAAGUGCCUCAAUGCCGGAGCUGUGUUGCCGGCGAAUAGAUGGUGUAGGGUGAAGGUGGCGAUGUCGUCCGUCGAUAUUCCUUCUAAUGGAGGUGGUGGCGGUGACCCGCGGCAAUACUACUGCUACCAAUGCGAACGUACUGUCACCAUCGCACCCUCACCCACAGGUGAACUCAAUUGCCCUAAUUGUAACGGCGAAUUUCUAGAAGAAUCCGACACAGCCCCACCAUCAAACCCUAAUAAUUCCGACUUCGAUGAUGAUAUCAAUAAUUCUUUUUUCUCUGAUAAUUUCCCUCCCUCCGCGGCUUUGGGCAGCUUCCCCUUCGUCUUCUCCUCCUCAUCCUCGACUACUUCCGCCCGGGGAGGUGCCUCAUUUCCAGCCGGACUGGGACUGGAAGAUCUCUCAACUUUUUUAGGAGGUGGAGGCAUUGACCGAUCGGGCCGAUCUGCCAACGAAUUCGACCCAUUUACCUUUCUUAACAACUACAUCAGCACUCUCCAAUCCCUCGGAGGAAAUAUUCAGCUUGUUUUUGAAGGCCCUGAUGGGGGCGAGGGCGUGGAUUUGGGGCUUCCGACGAAUCUCGGUGAUUAUUUUAUUGGACCAGGUUUGGAACAAUUAAUUCAGCAACUCGCCGAGAAUGAUCCCAACCGAUAUGGGACACCACCUGCAUCGAAGUCUGCAAUGGAGGGGCUUCCAGUUAUAAAGAUCACGGAGGAGAUACUGAGCUCGGAUUCAUCCCAGUGUGCCGUGUGUAAAGACAGCUUUGAGUUAGACGAGGGGGCAAAGCAGAUGCCAUGUAAACAUAUUUAUCAUAAAGAUUGUAUCUUGCCAUGGCUCGAGUUGCAUAAUUCUUGCCCAGUUUGUCGAUAUGAGUUGCCUACUGAUGACCCAGACUAUGAAAAUCAGAAAAUGGGACAAUCCAAUAGUAGUAAUACCAAUACCAAUAGUAAUAAUAAUAACAAUUCAGGUUUGGGUUCCGUUGGUGGGGAGCAGAAUGGAAAUAAUACUAAUGCGCACACACCGAGAACGGUAGAGAGGAGGUUUAACAUAUCACUACCGUGGCUUUUGAGAGUGGAGGACCAAACACGGGUUCUGGAGGAGGAGGGCAGGCGAGAGACGACCACGGCUAAAGGAAUAGCAGAAAAAUGUUCUCUUUGCAUGUAUCAAAUUCAACACAAGGGAUGCAGGACGACUUCAAUUAAAAUUUGUCAAUUUUGA